GUGCGUGACGCGACGGGCGUUGUAGUUUUGUGCACCAAGACGAAGCGCAAUGCUCCAUGCGCUACUCGCACCGCAUAAUCCUUUUAGUGGUAACCGCCACUUCUUUCUUCUUUCUGCGCAUUCUUUACCUACGGACGGGCAGUCGCUCCGCGAGGAACUGGUGGGCUGGUGACAUCGUGGACUUCGAGGGCGCCGACAAUGUGACCGGUUUCGAGCGCCCAAUCGUGCCCAACGUCGUCCACUUCGUGCGCCUGGGCAACGCGUCGCUGAGUCUCGUCGAGGCCGUUUGCAUCCGAGCCGCGUGGAUACAGCAGCGGCCCGCAUCGCUCGUCGUGCACUGCGACCGGUGCGACGAGUCGACGCGCUCGAGCCCGCACUGGCCGCUCGUCUCCGCAAUCCCGGGCCUCCGACUGGCGACGGUGAAGAGACCGCGCUACGUAUUCGGCAAGCGGCUCAGUUCCAUCUACCAUGCAUCGGACGUCGCGAGGCUGCGCAUUCUGCGCAAGUACGGAGGCAUCUUCCUCGACGGCGACUCGUACCUCGUUCGCUCCCUGGAGCCCUUUCGACGCUUCGAAAUGGCACUGGGCUGGUACCCGAAACAAGCUCUCGGCACUCAGGUCCUUGUAGCCCACAAGAACGCCAGAUUUCUCGAACUGUGGUACAACUCGUACCGAUAUUAUCGUCCCGAGCUGUGGUACUGGAACGCGGGACGGCUUCCGACCGAAAUGAUUUUGGUGCCCCGACCACACCUUGUUCACCGCGUGCCUUAUGACUUUGGUGUUCACAACGUGGCGCACCUCUUGUACGGGGUUUGCAAGCCUGACUGGCGGCAGUUCUUUGCCAUUCACCUUCUGUUUCGACACAGGAGCUACUUGGUGACCACAGAUACGUUCGGGCCAUUGACGAUAUCCAACGUGGGCCGCUACAACACAACAUUUGGCCAGAUGGUUAGGCUGCCUUUGUUUGGAACUACAAGACUCGGAGAUAACACUCUGAAAGAGCCUCAGUGGUUUCUUGAAAAUGAGCUAGAGUACGUCCUAGAUGCUUGCUAGUUUUUUAGG